CCAUGAGUAUUCGUAAUCGUUAAACAUGGGGAGGAUCUCCCUUUUCCUGUCUGUUUCUCUGUCGGUUACUUUAUGUAGUAGUCACGUGGUUUGGAGCGAUACCAGCCAACUCCAACCCGUACAAGGUCUGUACAUCAAGCCCUCAGCCGACGGAACCACAGGAGACCUCUUUGUCGCAGCAACAGAGAAUACGGGAACCAAGUCGCAGUGGCUAACAGACCAACCCAUCAACUUCUUACCGGCCGCUUCGCAGUUGCAACCCACCGCAGCUCUGCCGGUGACGUUAACCUCGACCCUGGCCAAAGCUACUUCUCAGGAGGAAACGGGAUCGACGCAGAAACGAGCCCCGGCGACUCCAGUCACUCCACCCAUCAACUACGCCUACGCGCUGCCGUUCCCGACUUCAACUGAUGGCAAUGUGCUCGCACCGUGCCCGUAUGCAGUCGCCGCCAAUGCCGAAGGAGGGACUCCUGCGUGGCCUGAAGGCACUCAGUACUCGGCUUUCCAACACUUCUAUCCCCAAAUGAUGGCGGCCAUGUCUAGAGCGAUGACCACCUUCGCCGGAGCGGAGGCGAAAGACAAAGGAGCGGCAGCUUUAUCUGUCCCACCGUACUGGCCUCAGGCGUACUCCUACCCUUACCAAUACCUCAUGGUUGACCCAAAUGCCUGGGCUCAGACUCAAAAGGAAGCCACAACCCAAAAACAAACUGAAAAUAGUGACGAAUCUUCUUGAUAAGAAAUUGUAAAUUGUAAACGUUAAUUAUUUA